GCUUUCUGGGAUCUGGCUAUAGCAGAAAGGACAUCGGCUCCAGCAGAGCUUUUCCAGAGGGUACCUGGGAGUUGGAAGAGCCAAAGACGCCUCCACACUCUGGAUUUGGGGUUCUCUGUCCAUGGGUGCAACACCCAUGCUCAGUUUGUGAGCUUCGUCCCAGGAGAGCAACCAUGGCACUCAGGAACGUGCCCUUUCGCUCUGAGGUCCUGGCCUGGGACCCUGACACCCUUGCAGACUAUUUCAAGAAGCUGAACUACAGGGACUGUGAAAAGGCUGUGAAGAAAUAUCACAUCGACGGGCUGCGGUUUUUGAACCUGGCAGAGAAUGACAUCCAGAAAUUCCCUAAGCUCCGGGUGCCGAUUCUCAGUAAGUUGAGUCAAGAAAUCAACAAGAAUGAAGAGAGAAGGAGCAUUUUCACACGCAAACCCCAAGUCCAGCGGUUUCCUGAGGAAACAGAAAGCCAUGAAGAAGACAACGGAGGCUGGUCAUCCUUUGAUGAAGAUGACUAUGAAAGUCCCGAUGAUGAUCAGUAUGGGGAGGAUGACGGUGACUAUGAGUCCCCCAAUGAAGAGGAAGAGGCCCUCGUGGAAGAUGACGCCGAUUAUGAGCCGCCACCCUCCAACAACGAGGAGGCUCUGCAGAACUCCAUCCUGCCUGCCAAGCCUUUCUCCAACCCCGGCUCCAUAUACAUAGACCGGCCGCAUUCCGGCAAAGUGCAGCAGCCGCCCGUGCCCCCGCAGAGGCCAAUGGCCGCCAUCCUUCCUUUGCCCUCCGGCAGCCGGGCUCACUCGCAGCCACUACCGCCACCCCAGCCCAACCACGAAGAGCCUAGCAGAAGUAGAAACCACAAAACAGCAAAGCUCCCUGCCCCUUCCAUAGACAGAAGCACGAAACCACCCCUAGAUCGUUCCUUAGCUCCGUUUGACAGAGAGCCCUUCGCAAUAGGAAAGAAACCAGCGAUUUCUGACAAGCUCUCCGCCCCAGCGGGAAGGCCUCUCGGGGAGCAUUUACCCAAGAUACAAAAGCCCCCGUUGCCACCAGCCAUGGAAAGGCAUGACAGAAGCAGCCCCCUGCCAGGGAAGAAGCCACCUGUGCCAAAGCAUGGAUGGGGAUCAGACAGAAGAGAGAAUGUAAGUACUCAAUUACCUCAGAGAUCUCUGCCCCAGCCAGCACUGCUCCCCAUGAGCUCCAACACCUUCCCUUCAAGAUCUACUAAGCCAUCGCCCAAGCACUCCGUCCCAUCAGCUCACCUGCCCGGAGCCUUCUCAGAAAGCAACAGUGGUUUUUCGCAGAGUGCCUCCCUGCCGCCAUACUUCUCUCAAGAAUGCUCUACUUUUGAAGGCCCUAGCAACAGGCCACCUCCCAGAGGUGAAGGCAGGAGCUUUCCCUCGCCAGCCCCGACCAAACCUCAGCUGCCAUCGCCUUCGGAAGGAGAGAAUUCAUUAAAUGAAGACUGGUAUGUUUCUUAUAUUACCCGAAUAGAGGCAGAAGCGGCUCUUAGAAAGAUAAACCAGGAUGGCACUUUCCUGGUUAGAGACAGCUCUAGAAAAACAAUAACCAAUCCAUACGUCCUCAUGGUGUUGUACAAAGAGAAAGUUUACAACAUUCAGAUCCGUUAUCAGGAGGAAAGCCAAGUUUACUUGUUGGGAACUGGACUCCGAGGGAAAGAGGACUUUCUGUCUGUGUCAGAUAUUAUCGACUACUUCAGGAAAAUGCCACUUCUGCUCAUUGAUGGGAAGAACCGAGGUUCCAGAUACCAGUGCACAUUAACGUAUUCUGCAGGUUAUCCCUAGCAAGUUAGCCAAGCAAAUGAACCUUCCUCCUGCCUCUGUCCCAGCCUGGGAAGAUCAAUCAACCUUGGUGAACCGUCAAACACUCAGGGAUAAUUUGAACCCCUCAACACGAACACAAAGGUUUUGUCCUUUCCCUUAAGAAAGUGUUUGAAAUGAAGACUGUCAAAGAUCCCAUAAUUUAUUCUUCUUCAAUAUUUGCAAAGUGCAUGAGUAAUAAUGUUCACACUUGAAGUCUAGUAGUGCACUGUAAUAAUUCAUUUUAAAAAGAUGUGUAUUUGAACACCCAUUUCCACGUGCAGUGGUUUACAUACCUACAGAAACAAUUUGGGGUAAGUUUCGGUAAUAGUUUUUAGUAACACGUAAAACUGAUUUUUUAAAUAGCCAAUCCUUUACCAUUCAAAGCAAUCAUCAGUUUUAUAUGUAUAAUUUGAAAAUUACUAAAAUUUAAUUUCUCAAGAGCAAUAAUUUAAGAGGCUUCAAAAGUGUUUCAUACUUAUUUGGUGUUUUUGCUGGGGGGAUUUUUGUAUACUUUUUUAAUGAAAAAGAUAAAUGCAGUUGGGAUAACUUCCUGGAAUUAAAAUUAAUUUGCCUUCUGCUUCA